GCAGGAUUUGUCAGGAGUACGUUUGUUUGGAUGCAAAAUAAAAAACUAAAAUAAAGCAAAAGAAUUAAGAGGAGCGGGAACUACACAGGGUGAGUAGUAUGCUAUUUUGCUUCCGUGAUGCUCUUUAGAUUUAUGUUGAGCUUUUAUUUCUUUAUAUGUUUAAAAAACAAACUGUGGUUUAGAUAGUUGUUGUGUUUACAAUGAUUGAGAACAGAGAAGAGAUGAAGGACUCCAGUUAUUAAAUAGGUUAGAGUUCAGCAAAGUUUUGGCUCUUGUACAUGAAAAUGGCUCAACUAUAAAACUUAUCUAGACUGAUUAGUUAUUAAUCAAUAAUGACUUGUUUCUUCCACAGAUUUUAUUCCUUAGUUUAAUUAUGUUGUAUGUUUAUUUGAGUUGGAAAUCUGUUCAGCAGCUUUGAUCACAGAUAAGGCAAGGUCAAUGUUAUUUUACUGGGUUGAAGAGUCACGUUUUUGUAUCUUCAGCCAUCUCUACAUUUCUCUACAUAAAUACAUUUUCUCCUUCCAGCAGGAUUACAGUUGAUUUGACUGAUAUUGAAGGAUGUUUUCCCAAACCAGAAUAGAUUAGUUUAAGUGGAUUAUUGGAGGCUAAUGCACAGCUAUUUGUAGAGUCUGAGUUCACGUGCCGUCACUCACAGAACACCCUCACAGCACAUUUGUUAUCACUACCAAACUUUAUCAGGCUUCACAUAUUUCUUCACUUUUAAUAUUAACUCUGUAUUUUGUGUUAUCAAACCAAGAGGACGUGAGGCACAGUUAUUUCUAAUCUACGCAGGCGCUACUGUGGUGCAGAUGGCGUUUCUUGAAGUUUUAGCUUUACAAAUCUGCAAAUAUAAUGCAGGCAGGCUCUUUCUUAACGGUAACUUUCUGGACCCACACUGUAAAAUUAUCUUAUAAAAGCAGCAACGGGCAACUUUACAGGUGAGCACAUGCCACAUAUCAACAGACACGUAGAUUACAAAACAAAUAAGCAAAAAAAAAUCCUACUAAAAACAAUAUAUCAGUUAACAGCAUAUUUAAUAUUCAAGUGCAGCUCAAAGAAACAAAUGAGGAGGAAAACAGAAAGCAGUUCAAGUAUGAAGAUAUCUGUCAUGAGAUACAUUUUAUAGUAUAAGAAAGAGUCAAGUUUUCUUUCAUGUUAUUUUUAAACUUUAAAACUUUUUGGAGACUUAUAAUAUCAUCGGAUCAUAAGUGGAUCACACCAAAGGUACCAAAGUGUGGAUUUCAGUAACUGUAUUCAGGCAGAGUUUCAGAAGCCUAAUGGGGCCUAGGUUCAGUUCAAAGCUGUGAGCUUUUAGAUGGAUAAAAAUUCCCCCACCGGCUGUUCACCUCCAAUCUGUCUGGAAGCAGAUCAGAGCUGAGAGCCUUUAUAAACCAGACCAAACUGCAACAACUGUUAAAAUUACUGGGGUUAUUACAAGGGGAGGCAUCAUGUUGUAAAAAUUCAUAACCAAACAUACUUUAAAAUACUCAACAUUUUAAGCAUACCACACACCCGUACCUGUGUAGAAACUCGUCCUUAGGUAUCACUACUUUUCCAACUCUGAUUAUUGUAUUAAGAUACAGAGGAUAUGAACAAACGGCAGCUUUUUAUGUAUGUAGUUAAAUUUGAUUCUUGACAAGUGGACCAGAAGAUGUAAUAUUUCAAAUAGUGGUCUUGUGGGAAAUUUUAGCCUUAUCACCAUUAUGGUCACAGGAUUUUUGGUGACUUUUCGAAGUUAUGCAAAGAACAGCUGAGUCUGUUAGGAUUGAUUGUGGUGUAGUGGGUAAUUCACUAAUAAACCAGAAAACUGGAGGUAUUAUAAUUUUAAUUUUUUGAAUGCAAAGGAAAAGUUACAAGUUUUUGUACCAUUUUGCGUCUGGGAUUCAAGUGUCUUCAGAUUUCACUGCAUAAGUUAUUUACAUAUGAUCUUUGGAAAAUGUUGACCUCAUGUUCUUCUUCAAAGACAGACAAGUGAGUUACAACUGUUGAAGAUGAAAAAUCAAUCUUUGCAGCCAUGUUAUUAGUGUGGCUGAGACUGAACCCCUAAAACAGUUUCGAUGGAGUCCAAGUCUUUUACAGGUCUUCCUGUCCCUCUGAUAUAUUUCCAUGGUUUAGUUUUCCAAAGCUGAUAAAUUUUAACUAAAUAGUGACACCAAGAAGAAACUGCAUUCGUGUUAAAUGUUAGAAAGUUGAUCUUUAACCUUGUGUUUGCAUUGCUAUUUUGUAAGUUUCCUUCCUAUGCACUCAUACAGACACUUCUCUUCAUUUUUAUUUUUAUCUUUUAAAAUAUGCUGCACUUAAAAACAAACAACAACACAUAUUCAUGUCUUGUGUUUAUGCCAUCUUAUACGGGGAAGGCUGGUUUGAUCUUUCAGUGUCCAUGAUGUAGGUGUUUCAUGUCUGAAAUUGCUCUUUCUCCUCUAUUUGUCGUCUUAUUUUGAAACAUCUUUCUCCGUGAUGGUGGAUUUCUUGUCGCUUGCAUUAGUUGUUAUGAUUUAUGUGCUUAAUCUGGUUUAUUCAUCUAGAUAAAGAAGAAGUCAGGGGUGGUUGUGGCUCACUGGUAGAGUUAAUUGUCUCCUAAUCAGAAGGUCUGGGGUUUGAUCCCACAUGCUGAAGAGUCCUUGGGCACGAUGCUUGACCCUGCCCGCCCUGGCUGCACCCAGUAGUGUGAAUGGGAUUAGUCAAAAACUGAUGGACUCUAUACAUAGCAGCCUCUGCCAUCAGAGUGUGAAUGUGACAUGUGAUGUAAAGAGCUUUGAGGGUCAGAAGAUUUGAGGAAGAGAGAUAGAAACACGUCCAUUUACCGUAAACCCUGAUUUUACUCUUAAAUCUGCUUUAGUUUGUACAAGUUUGCUCCACAGCAGCCGUCGAGUUUUAUAACAUUAAGUUUUUAAAACAAUGACCCAGCAGACAGAGACGCAAACCUGACAAGGUUUCUGACUCAGUGAUGUAAGAUUUUGGGAGCAGUCCAGCCUAAAUCUGCUCUGACCCAGAUACCAGCUGUGGAUGUUAUCCUGAUAUUGGGGUGUCCUUAAUUUGAUGUCCUGAUGCAGCGGCCUCACAAUGAAAUAGCACCAAAAGACCUCUUUUUGUCUGAUGUGCUUACAACAGCAAUAUAAGCUGCUGUCUAUUGGACAUUUAUUUAAUAUCAAAUACUCAUACACUUGCAUUUACCUUCAAAAUCUCUUUCCCAUUAAAAACCAUUUUAUUUUGUGUAUCUUGUUUUAAAAAAAUUGAAUGUGCCCUCAAAACCUUAAUCUAUCCUGUGGUUAUAGCGUAUUUGCUAUGAGAGUCUCAGUGUCUACUUAAAAAACCUCUCAGAGCUGAAGAUUUAAUUUCCUAUAUGGAUAUAUUUCAGGCCUUUGAACACUGUGGGAUCAGCCAGGAAAAAAGUGCAGAUGCUGUUUUCUCUUUGGGCCCACUUUACUGCCAUUGAUACCUGAGCAUUUUUCAGAGACCAUGUCAGUCACAGGCCUCUUUGGAUCAUCUCAACUUUUCUCCUCCCCUUCAUAAAAGAUACAGCAUGGGCAAACAACAUAGUGGAGGGUAACUGAUCCAAAAGCUUGGCACUCUGGUUAAAACCAAAGUCACACUUACAAAAUUCAAUAAAAAUUUAAAAUCAAAAAGUUUAAAAAAGGUCAAACUGUCAAAUUUCUCACUCUUCCUGGUUACCAGAGUCACUAAAAGCCAACUUCAGUAUCAGAUUUGGCUUGGAAAUAUACUUGUUUCAUCAAUUCAAUUAUCCUUAUGCAGCUUAAGCUUUGAUUAUAAUAUUGAACACCUUUUUUGCCAAGAAUAACUUGUGUUAAAACAACAAUAAACACUAUUGCCCAUUCACAGACUCACUGUAAGCUACAUGUGUCUAGCGGCAGUUAGCUUAGCUUCAUGAGAAAACUUAAAAAAGGGAAAAUGCUACCUGGUUCUAUCCAAAUGAACUCAGACACCUUUACAGGCAUGUCUCAUCAAUAUGUAUCAUAUUGCAUUUAAUUUUGAAGGAAAGUUGUACCCAGUUUAGAAUUUGUUUACAUUUGUCAGAGCUAGCUGUUUCUCCCAUUAACUAGUCUUUGCUAGAUGCUAAUAAAAGCUAACUGGCCUCUAUAGUUGAUACCACUUCACUAACUAGCUAGUUAUAUUCAUAUUUAUCAUAAAGACAUGAAGUGGUAUCAAUCCUCUCAUCCAAUCCAGGGAGCAGGCAGUACAGAGAGAGAGAGAGAGAGAGGUCUCCCUCUACAAUCCCAUGUUUAUGUAAUCUAGGGAGAUAAAAGGGUUAAUAUAAAACUGUCCCACCCGAAUCAUAUCUCUCACUGCGUGAGUUUGAUGUGUAUACAGAGAAUACUGAGGAAAGGUAAUUGACAGACAGGAGGAGAAAACAGAGAGGUUGGGCAGCGCAGACAUGAUAGUUGGAUGAGCGGGGAAAGGGGAGGAGACCAGAGAGCCAAACCGUCCUUAAUUUGUUUAAGCCGAGGGAUUUUCGGAUUACCUUUGGCAAUUAAUCUUGUUACAUCGCAGCGCAGUGACAGAGGGAUGUCUACUACGGGUGAAGCCUGUGUAUGUUUAUGAAAAUGCCAGAGAGGGGCAAUAUUGAUGCAUAUUGUUGUUGAUGUGUAGCUUUCAAUUUGCACUGUUUACCCUCUUUGAAGAUCAAAUGGUAUUCAGAUUAACACACAGUAGGAGAAACUAAUAUGAAUGAGCUGUUUUAUUCUUAUCUUUCACACUGUUGUCAUGAAAGUCGAGAUGAAGGCAGGAGAGUGUUGUUGAAAAGGACAGAAAGGCACUCUGACCUUUGCCAAAGAAAUUUGUCAGGUCUUUUAUCAUGAGGACAUCUGUGAGUGCAACCGUUCCUAAGAUAUAAAGAUACAUUUUUUCCAAACUAUUAUAUAAUUGUGCCAAGUGGAAACCUUCAACGCUGAAAAAUAAAGACAAAAAAACAGAACCAAAGACUGCUGUUUUUUUUAAUUGCCCACUCUGACCUUCUCUCCUAAAUAUGGUCAUGAUUUGUAUCAUGUUGUAUUUCUCUUCUGUCAAAGCCUGCAUUUAAUAAACUCUACUUGUAUGAGUCACUUUUACAGAUUAAACUUCUCAGCGCAUUAAGAAGCAGUUCAAGUUAGAUGUCAGCUGGAAACUAUAUUUGAGGAAAACAUCUUUAACACAGAAAGACAAUAGUGCAAAAUCUGCAGGAACACAAGAAAGCAAAGCUUCAAUCAUUUUUGGUCCUCAGUUUGGCAAAUACCAUACAGAGACAUCACGUUUCCUCUAAUUUGUCAAAAAGGUCAUGAAGAUUUAAUGUAUUUUCUCUUGUAUUAAAUUCUUUGACAUAUUUUUUAACCAUGCGCUGUAAAUGGGAAGUUUUGGGUUCUUCCAGUUAAGAAGGAUCAAACUGCUCUCUGGUAAUAUUACAACGGCAGUGACCUUAAAGUAGUCUCUAUUGAGAGACUCCAGGAACACUGAAUGCAGCAAUUUAUGAAUCUGUUAUUCUUUUGUAUUUUCUAAUGUAUUUCCCUACUACUUUUUUCACAACUUGCACGAGAGAGUACACUGUCAUUUAAUUUUGGAUCUUCCUAAUAAUAAGGCGAAAACAGUGAAAUUAAAUUGAAUUAAAUUAAAGAAAGAGAGAAUGAGGAGAGGAAACUCUGAAAAGAUACUUUACAGAUUUGCAAUAGACAAAAUGCUAAAAGGCAGGAUUGGGCUCCAAGGAUGGAGAGUGAGAGAGGAUUAGAGAGAUUAAAGCCAGGUGAAAGGUCAAAACAGAUCAAGUUUAAAGGGACACAUUUGAAAAGAGACCCAAUGUGAUCGUGGGUCAGUGUUUUUGCAGGGCUUUUAGUCUCUAAAAUUUAAUUUAAAGAUUAGGAAUCCACUGACUGCUGUGUGCUCUCUUUUUGUCUCAGCGCCACGAUGCGAUUGGUCAGCGUGGCGGGAGCUCGUUUUCGCAGGGCUGCCGAGGAGGAGGAGAAAGAGCCCCCACCUCCCCCGCCGCCCUCGCACCACUCCAACCACCAGUUUGCCAGCAUGAAGAACAAGUUUUUCAAUGAGCUUACACACCUGCCAAGUGAGAAUAACACAUACGUUGGUGUGAAAACAUACACAAAAUGCACAUGACAAUGAAACACAUCUGUAUUGACUUAAUCAGCUGAAUUUGGUUGAUUAAGAAAUGCUCAAAUGUGACACCAGUGAGCUUGGUUAACACAAUAAAGUCAGCACAUGGUGUUCGGUCCUGCCUAAUAAAAACAAUAAUGAUAAUAAUAAUACAGGAAAUAUGUGGCCCAGAAUAUUACAGUUGUUGUUUAUGUUGCUAAUCCACUUCAGUAGAUGAAUUGUGCAUUCAGACACACAGACACAAAGUUAGCUGUACAUUUUACACAAACUGUAUACCAUCACUCACCAUCCUGCCAUCUCAUCUUUAACUCUAAUACGUGUCAUUUCAUAAUUCUGCCCUCUCUCAUCCUCAUUCCUCAUGUGACCACUCUGCAAUGCUCUCCAAGAUCAUAAACUCAGAAGUAAGUCCACCUCUUUCAUCUGCCAUAAUUUUCAAGAAAAUUAAAACCCCAACUGGUGACAAAAACUGCUCUGUUGUGUUGAAACAUCUUCUACUAAGAAUAGAAGUCACUGUUAUAAGUAUUCAUAAACACAAAAACAACAAAAAAAUAUAUGUUUAGAUUUGGUUUUCUGAAGCAUCUCAACAGGUCACUCUGUGUCUAAACUGUUUCUGAUCAAACUACACGGUCAUUAACUUUCCCUUCUCUCCAGUGCCCAUGUGGGCCAUAGGGGCCAUUGUGGUUGUAGUCCUUGCCCUCAUUGCCUGUAUGGGGUUCUGCAUCUACAAGAAGUGCUUCAACAAGGGCAAGAAGCCCAAGAAGGCCAGAGAGAGAAAAGGUGGACGUGGGCGCAGAAAGAAGGACAAGGAGGGAGAGGAUGGGGAGGAGAAGAAGGUAAGAAAGUACAGGUAGAAGGGAUCUCUGAAUUCCUGAGUUUUUUCCAUGUUAUAGUUUGUUGCCAGCUUGGUUAUACAUGUUUUUUUCAGGCAUUCUCCCUACAUAGAUAUUCCCAAAUUCAUUUUUUGUGUCAUUAGUAAACAUGGCUUGUCUUGGCUUAGCGGUAUGGGUGCAGCAUCGACUGUGGUCUCUACAGGCUAACUAAAUGAGCUGCACUUCUUUCCUACCUAAACGAAAUCAUUGCAUCGUCCCUGCCAAAAAAUGCCUGGAUUUUAUCAAGGUUUGGACUAGAAAUAGAUCGCUUUAACCAGGAAUAGCAGCCCACCCAAAAAACAAUCAGAGGGCUGGGGGUUCGAUCCCAGAGCUGUCCACAUGAGGACGUGUCCUUAAGCAAGACACUUUGCCCUGCUGGUUGAGCUUAGUCAAAGGUUGGGAUUAGUCAAAAACUGAUGGUGUCUGUACAUAUCAGCCUCUGCCAUCUGUGUGUGAAUGUGAUGAAUGUAACAAGAUGUAAAGAGUUUUAAGUGGAAAGAAAACUAGAAAAAGAGAAACAUAAACAAAGUCCAUUUGACCCCUGAUGUAUUUUACAAUAAGUUUAAAAUAAACUUUACUAACAGGCCUCAGAACUGUUUUAAUUACUGACAGUUUAAUCUUGCAAUGGUACAGAGCAAGGUAGCCUCUAAUAGUAAUGUAUUUAUAUUAAUCCAAUACAGAAGUGCUAAUAACACUACUCAGUUGUGUUUGAAAAGGCCCCAUUGACACUCAUGUCAAAAUCCCAUAUUUUUUUGCAGGAAAAAAAACAGCCUAGUUCAAAAAAAAAAAAAAAAAAGUACUUUUGGUCUCAAUGGCCCAUGACACUGGCUAGGAAGUCAGUUGAAUAACCUGCCUGCACUCAGUCAGUUGUUACAAUAACGGGGGCCUGCCUUUGUCUCCUGCUGGGGUUACCAAAGGUAGAGGUAGAGUUAUAAUUUUCAAUGUGGCAAUCACCAACAUCUGGCUUCAAAACCCUAAUAAACCAAUGGUUGAUGCAACUAAGGCUACAGCUAUGUUUCUGCUCAAUAGCUGUAAUCUGUCUGAGGCCAUUUUUGACUCCAGUGAUCUUUUCAAGGAGGAACAAUAACACACUGCUUUUCAGAGAUUACAGAAAAACCUCAGAAGCUUCAGUAAUGACUGUGUGAUUACAAAUGUUGUCUUCUAGGAUGGAGAGGAAGAAAAAGAGGAGGAGAAGGAGUCCCUUGGAAAACUGGAGUACUCACUGGACUAUAACUUCACUGAUAAUCAGGUAUAUGGGUACACAGUGUAUGUAGUUUCAGUGGUCUUGAAUUAACUAAACUGUGAUUUGGUAGCCUGGAGUUCAUGCAUUUGACUUAUCUCCUCUUUCCCUUUCAGCUGAUAGUGGGCAUUCUUCAGGCUCAGGACCUUCCGGCCAUGGACAUGGGUGGAACCUCAGAUCCUUAUGUCAAAGUCUACAUGCUGCCUGACAAAAAGAAGAAGUUUGAGACCAAAGUCCAGCGCAAGAACCUUUGUCCUGUCUUCAAUGAAACUUUCACUUUCAAGGUCUGUACAUUAAUGCUGACCAUUAAAAUCUGUUGAUUUGAUCAUAUGGUCCAUGGCGUUCCCCACUCAUCAAUGUGUUUUAUUUUGCCGUCUGCCUCCAGAUACCAUAUAGUGAGUUGGGUGGUCAGACUCUGGUUCUGCAGGUGUUUGACUUUGACCGUUUUGGUAAACAUGAUGUCAUUGGUGAGAUCAAGAUUCCCAUGAAUUCUAUAGACCUUGGACAGCCAAUACAUGAAUGGAAGGAUCUUGUUGGUGGGGAGAAAGAGGAGGUACAUGAUUCUUUUUUCAUCUAUCCUGUGAAAAAUUUGAUAGGUAAACAUUUUCAUCAACAUUUAAGUCGCCAAGGCAUCGUGCAGUAUGACGGCUCAUGGUGUGUGUUUUUCUUUUUACAGCAAGAGAAGCUGGGUGAUGUCUGUAUUUCACUUCGAUAUGUCCCAACAGCUGGUAAGCUCACAGUUAAUAUCAUGGAGGCCAAGAACUUGAAGAAGAUGGAUGUCGGAGGACUGUCAGGUAAACACCAGAUCAACUAACAUAAUCAAUCAGGUGUUGAUUGAUCUUUUGGCUCCUCUAACUUCAAACAAUACUUUUCUGUUUUGUUUUUUUAAGAUCCAUUUGUGAAAGUGGUGCUGCAGCACAACGGGAAGAGACUGAAAAAGAAGAAGACAUCAGUCAAACAAAACACUCUGAAUCCUUACUUCAAUGAAAGCUUUAGCUUUGAGAUACCAUUCUCUCAAAUCCAGGUCAGUGCACUUAGUAAUUCAUAUUCAAGCCUAUAUCUACCUGAUCAUUGAAAAAUGUUCUACAGCAGCAACCUUGUGUGUCAACGCAAGCUCAAAAGCCAAGAGAACAUAUCUAAGUGCCAAUUUUUCAUUAGAAUUUAGCAUUUUGAGAACAAAAGGACUUUGGCUUAUACAUUUUUUUCUUGACAUUAUAAGACGGAUAUGUUUUUUAAUAGUUUGUGGGCUUUGAUCAUAUCAGGGCCAUGAAUUAUGCACAAAUUGGACAAAUUGGGGAAUGAUUAAUUUGACUGACAGGAUGGCAUGUUGUAACAGUUGUCAGAGGGCAAUAUUAUGGCCUUAACUUCCAUGAAAUUAUACAAGUUGGUCAGUAGACUUUAAUACUGCAUUGAUGCAAUUUUUUUUCAUGUCAUCAUUGCAAGCAAAAUAUGUACUUAGAAGAACUGAUGUGAAUAGAUAAGAAGCUUUGACCAAGAGACACCUAAAAAGAGAUGGUUGCCAUGUGUAAUACUUUAAAGACUUGUUUGGGUCAAGUCUCAAAGACAUCCAAGCCAAACAUGCAUCUUGAACAACUGUUUCUUUCAAACCUCAUACAUACAGUUAGUAAUGCACAUUUUGUGAAAAAUCUUGGGCUCACUAGGACCACCUCACUAUUUAUGGGUUAAAUAUGUGUAAAUAAAAGGUUCACUGAGUUUUAGAUCCAUGAGAAGACACAUGCCUCAAGCCAACUACAGCUUCUUUUUCUCUGCUGUUUCUGUGCACAGAAAGUCCAGGUGCUGAUCACCGUGUACGACUAUGACAAACUCGGCAGCAAUGACGCAAUCGGAAAGUGCUGGAUCGGGUACGGUGCCUCAGGUGUUGGACUGCGCCACUGGUCAGACAUGCUGGCCAAUCCCAGGCGUCCAGUGGCACAGUGGCACACACUGCUGCCAGAGGAGGAAGUCGAUGCUGCUCUGAAGGCCCCUAUCCGCUAAAUACAUUCUCACAUAUAUAGUUUACACCAUCAUCUGCAUAAAGGGAUAUCCUUUUACUGUUAUACCAAAUAAAUGACUGCUAACUUGGAUCAUGUCCUAUAAUAACCUUCAGUUUUACAUCUUUAUUCAUUGUGUGAUAUUUCAUUUUGGGAUCUCUGUAUAUAAAAUUUGUGCUUUGUACUGUUUUGCAUUCAUACCAUAGAAAUUAUUGUAAGGAAAUGCUUUGCAAUGCAUUCAAAGUGAAAUAGCUCACCCAUGUAUGUACUGCGGAUUUGUUACUGACUCAGAAAUUGAGUGUUGCACUUAGAAAAUGUUGUGGUGCAAACAACAUCAUCAUGAUCACUUAAAAGAGUUAAGUCAUAAAUGAUGAAAAGUAUUGUGAGUUCUAUUUUAUAAACAAAAAUGAUGUUCAUCCCCUGUGAUGCAACUCCAUGAUCUGUCUUUUAGUCCUCCCUGUCUGUUGAUGGUCCUCCUCUCUCAGAGUUGCUGCUCUUCCUCUUUCUUUUUGAACAUGAACUCCUCUCACCCAGAUCUACAAAAAAAUUAGUGGCUAAAGUUCUCUUCUACAACCCAUUCGUCUUUUUUUUUAUUUUCCUCCGUCACCUCAGUCACUCUCUCCUCUACUACCCAACCUAAACUUGAUUUGUCCAGUCAAAUGUCUUGAUUAUCCGAGAAUGGAGAUCCUUCCUCGAGUGUCUUGUGAGAGUGCAUAUUGAUGUGAGUGUAUCGUUAAGCUGUUUGUGGUUUCACUUUCAAUUCUUAUUGUGUGAUUGUGAAUAACUAGCUGAAUAAAUAAAGCCAUACAACAACAGAUGGCUCAGUGGAUGGAUUGAUGGAUAAACUGAUGCUUUAAUACCAUCGUGUGCGAAUAUGAUAGCUUGUCAAUUGCACGCAAGCAGGAGGUCUCUUUCUAGCAUUCGCACGCCUGUGCCGUUGAAGGGUUAAAGAUGACACAAUCUCUGACAAGAUCCUGUUAGGGCAUAAAAUGUUUAUAAUGUAACCUGCUACAGGAUGAGAUUAUCAUUCUCAUUCUGCUAAUACAAUCAGUAAAAGUGUUAAAGUAGCAUCCACUGUUUUGUAGAUAAUCCUCUGAACUGUCAUUGUUGUUGCCGUUUGCCCCACUGAUCCAUUUACACAAUGAUUAUUCAAGCUUCUUUACACAAACUGGUGUUUACCUCACACACUUCACUGAUUUUGGUGACAGAAGCUGGUGUUCGUGCUGAUCUGAUGCGGUAAGUGAAAGACUGGAUUAACAGGGUGCCCUCUUUAGUCCCUGUCUCAUCCCAACAUGUGAGGUAGGAAUUAGAGAGGGAGGCAGGGAGGGGGAGGGGCUUGUGUAGGAAACAUAAUUACAGCAGAAUACAGGAGAGAUUGAAGAAGUUCAAGGAAAGAGGUCUGUGCUGCUG